GCGGCCUGAUCGAUAGGAACUAUGCCCCAGCGCAGCAAGGCCCCCAACGUUGUCUCUGUCCAUUCAUGACCCCCUCGCUCAAAACUACAAAUUCUACGCGCGGCACACCAAUUAUGUCCGUGUGCCGCGGCGUCCGUAAUAACCAGCCAGCUAGAGAGCGGCCGGGAGAGAUAGAGAGGUGGAGCAGAUGGCUCUGUCGAGGACGGCGUGGAUCGCCGGCGGUCUGGUCGCGCGGCUGCUGCUGAUCGCCGUCCUGGCCUUGACCGUGCAGUCGAGGUUCUCGAACAGAACCUACUACGACUUCAAGGCCGCCGGCUACAACAACGAUCUCCAGAGCUACACGUACGUACGUCGUCGUCGUCGUCGUCUCCGCCGGCGCCGCGUGGAUACAGCUUAACGACUAUUAGUAAACUCCAGGCCUUGCUGAAACGGUUCUUGCUUGUGUGUAUAACUGUAUCUGUAUAUAUGCUGCAUGCGUGCGCCAUCGGGGACAAAAAAAAAAAAAGGUACGCGGUGGUCGUCUACCUCCUCUGCAGGGGCAAGCGGAUGAUGACGCCCAGGCGCCCAGCUCGCUCAUCCUCGACGUCAGUAUGUACGCCGACAUUGUGGUCACCGUGGUGCUGGCCAGCGGCGUGGGCGCGGGCUUCGGCGCCACCGACGACGUCUUGGAGUACGUCGAGCAUGGCUCGCGGUGGGCGGAAGAGGCCACGCAAGAUCUCGUCAAGUACUACCACAAGGGGCUCAUCGCCAUCGUCUUCCUCCUCAUCGGCAUGGUCCUGUCCGUGUGCGCCACUGUCGUCUCCACCAGGCUCCGGGUCAGGGCAGCAAGCAACGACGACAUCGCCGACGACGUCUGACCAGUGGAUCCGGGCGCGCGCGAGAGAGAUUAAGCAAACUCAACCUGUGCGUUAGUUCAGAAUGCAUGACCCUCCUAUGUGUGGUAAAUUGGUAAUCAGCUGGGGACAAGAGGCUCCCCCUCUUGCCUUGCCUCAGAAUCUUGUUAACAAUGUUGCACGAUAUAUAUAUAUAUAUAUGUCCAUUUGUGUGA